AUGAGUUAUCAUUAUGAUGGUAUACCGGAUAUAGAAAUAGACUUAUAUUGGAAUAAAGCGAGAAACCACCUCUUGAAAGCACAAGUGGAAUGUGAGGAGUCAUUAAAGUUACUUUCUACCAUUCGGUCCGAGAUGGAUAGCUGUCAAAAAUCCAGACUUAAACUGCAAUUCAUACUUAAUUGUUUGGUAAAUCAGGUUGAGUUUUUUAGCUCAGUCAUAUUAGAGAAGUGUAUUGCUGUUGAAUUACUAGAUAACGAAUGGUCGAAAGUGGUACUGGUCGGAGUUGUGAAAGAUCUUAAUUAUUGGCAGGAUGAGAUAACCAAUAAGAUAAAUGCGUUGAAAAACACCAAGUAUGAUCUAAACGCUGAGUAUAAAAGUUUGGCAGAUUUUAUUUGUGAAGAUCAUGUUGAGAUCCUACAACAAAAGCUUGAUGAGGUACCGUUCAUUAAGAAACAGGUGUCUAACAUACGACAACAUUACAAAUCUAUUAAGGAAGGUGUACAGUAUCAACUGAAAGCUGGUAAGGUAAAAAAGUUGAAAAAAUACUAUGAAACGCAUUUCAGCAGAGACAACCAUUUGUUUGAGCUUUUAGAAGGUGAGUAUUUAACCAAAUUGAAUUCUUAUGAAUCUGAGCUUACCGAUUAUAUAAGAUCAAUCACGGAUCAUUUUGAUAAGUGCAGCAUAUUAAAAGCUGAUGGGUUGCCACCACAAGACCUAAAGGACCUAUUCGAAGUUGUUAAAAAUGAUGAUGCUGAAUUGGAGCAUAUCAGGGAACUAAUUUACGAAAGUGAUGCUGAGAUUACUCAAUUUUAUAAAAAUGUUGAAGGAACAAUAACAAGCAUUAAAGAAAACGUCGCAGACUUUUACGGUUUGUCAACAAAAAUCAUGGUGGAAUUGGAAAAAUGUGAGGAGUAUGUGUCUAUUUUUCAAGAUAUUGCCAAAUUAGUCUCAGUUUAUAAGGAAUCUUGUAUUCGAAAGAUUGAACAGGUUCAAGAGUUAUGCGAAGUUUAUGAUAAAUUCAAAAAGGCAUAUUUCAAUCUAUUGAAGGAACGAGAAAGGAGAAAAUCGGUUGCGAUACAAAUGAAAAGCAUUCUUGAUGAAUGCAAAGGAAAGUUAAUGGCUUUGAAUGAAGAUGAUUUGGAUCAUAGACAGCAGUUUUUACAUGAAAAUGGAGAUUAUUUGCCAGAAAACAUAUGGCCUGGGAAGAUUGAUGACAUGACCCCGCUGUAUAGUCUAGAAUACACCAUAUACAAUGAACAAAAAUAG